AUGUUGGGUCUGCCGCUGUUCUGGGGUUCUCUGGGUGCGCUUAGAAUUCAAGGUUGUAAUGUCUUGCUGAGCUGCCGUUAUCUGUGUAGUAGGGCGAUUUACGAUGGCGGUCGCAAAAUUUACCGCGAGCAGCGUCUCCUCGGGUACAGCUGUGAUCAGAUUUUUGAUAUAAUAUCCGGUGUCGAACAAUACUCCGAAUUUCUACCAUGGUGUCUUGAUUCGGUUAUUUUGCAGACCCAUCCCACAAAAGGUAAACUUUGCCGAUUGAGUAUUGGAUUCUACCCCUUCAAAGAAAGUUACAAUUCGUGGGUAACGGUAAUUCGACCAAAAUAUGUUAAGUCAGUGGCCACCAAUAGCUACCUUUUCGAGCACCUGAUUAAUGAGUGGCACAUCCGACCCGGCUUGCCCGACAACGAGAACACAUGCACGGUCGAAUUAAAGGUCGAUUUCAGGUUUCGUUCCAAGCUCCACUCCCGAAUAUCCAGCCUCUUCUUUGAUCAGGUGGUCGACUUCAUGGUGGGUGCCUUCUUGGGUAGAGCCAAUACCCUUCACGGCCCCGGCUCCAUACCCCGGCAACCACCUACAAUUCUGGAGUACACCAAAUAA